ACGAAAAGAUAUAAAACGGAAAAAUAACAAAGAUUGUGUCAACAAAAGAACAUUAUGUUUGUUUUCCAGGAAAAGUAAACAUCCCAUCAUAGAUUAAAGGAGAAGAAAUAAACAGUUAUAAAGAGGUUAGACUAGAAAAAGAUAAGAGAAACAUGACAGUUAUAGUGAAAAAAAGGGUCGAGUAGAGGAUAUUAGGUCAGGAAAUCCGGGUGUUACGUUUUAAUCGCUGUCUAUUUUAUAAGCGGUGUUAAGUGAAAUAAUUUUAUUUCAAGAAGAAAGAAUGUCUGCUGUUGCUCGUCUUGCGGGCAAAGUUGCCAUCGUAACUGCUUCCAGUGAUGGAAUUGGCUUUGCUAUUGCGAAGAGGCUAGCAGAAGAUGGUGCUAAAGUAAUGGUUAGUAGUCGUAAAGCAGCCAGAGUUGAUGAAGCAGUGUCUAGUCUCACUUCAAAAAGUUUGAAUGUUGCAGGAACAGUCUGCCAUGUUGCAAAACCUGAAGACAGAAAGAAACUUGUUGAAGAAACACUUGCAAAGUUUGGUGGUUUAGACAUCCUAGUAAAUAAUGCUGGGAUCAAUCCUGCUUUUGGACCAGUAUUAGAUACUUCUGAAGAUGUUUGGGAUAAGGUCUUUGAAACUAAUGUCAAGGCACCAUUCUUGUUCUGCAAAGAUGUAGCACCACUGAUGGAAAAAAGAGGUGGUGGCUCCAUAAUAUUUGUGUCAUCUAUACUAGGUUACCAUCCAGAAACAUUGCUUGGCUGUUAUUCUGUUAGCAAAACAGCUCUUCUUGGUUUGGUAAAAGUACUUGUUCCUCAGCUUAAUGCAAUGAAUAUCAGAGUGAAUAGCAUAGCUCCUGGUCUUAUUGAUACCAAAUUCAGUGCAAUGCUUAAAUCAGAUGAAUCCAUCCUGGCACGUAUUCCCAUGAAUAGGUUUGGUACUCCUGAAGAAUGUGCUAACGUCGUGUCGUUUUUGGUGUCUGAAGAGGCUAGCUACAUAACAGGUGAAACAUUCAAAGUGACCGGAGGAAUGAUGUCAUCACUCUGAUAGUUUACUGACAAUUAUAAGAAUAAUAUAUGCAAGAAAAAGUUUGUCUGCAAAUGAUUAUUUUAUAUAAGCAUAUUUCAGAAAAAAAUAAAAAAUACUUUUUAAAAUAAUUAUAUUUAUUUUUCCCUAAACAUGAAUGAUUUAAAGUAAAAUAUCAAAAGCCAAUCUUUUGAA